AUGCCAGCCGGUUUUAUAACAUUGGCACAGGCCAGUUCCCAUGAAUUCUUUGUGCAAAGCACGUCUGGGACAAACACGGGCGCUUGGACGUGCAAGCUCUGUACCAGUCGUACUUUCAUGGACAAGAGCAAGCACUGUAAGUUAAAGACUCACAUUGACCGAGUCCGCGUGGAGCUGGACAGGCGCUCGAUGGCUCUUCCCACAAUGGCACCUCCUGGCCUUGCCUCUCGAAGCCUCAUCUGGCCUCGGCGCAAGAGGAAACGUCUCUGCCUCAGUCUGGCAGGAUCGCUGAAGAUGGCGGCGGACCCAUCGAGGGCUCCAUGGACACCGAAGCCAUGGACACCGAAGCUCUUCAAGGGAUCUAUGACCUAUUGGGUGCAGAUAUGGACUCAAACUCGGAAGAUUUUGAGUCACUAUACGGCUCGUCCCCUCGACCAAAUGUGGAGUUUCCCAAAUCUAGAGAGGCCAGUCUCGACCUGGACAGGAUGUUGGAUGGCAGUUCCAAAUCAGAUAACGCCACAGGCACUCUACCGGAAAACAAACCCAGCGCAACCGCAGGGACGGACUCGUGGCUUCCAUGGUACCCUCUCCGCAAGAAAGAGCACACGGCCUUGUUGUUGA